GAUGUGUGUAACUCACACAUAAACCAACUAAACCACUCAACUGAAUAGCAAUGGCGUCUCUGGUACGAUCAGCGACUUUGAGAGCUCUCAGAAAUGGCGGACCAUCCCUCUUCGUUCCAGCAACAAAACGGUCCUUCAUCUCUCGGUUCCAAACCCUAAACGUUCGAGCAUUCUCGGCCGCCAACAUGUCACCGCCGUCUAAGGCCGUCGUGUACGAACAACAAGGUCCUCCCGAUGUCGUUACUAGAGUUGUAGAACUUCCGCCUGUAGAAGUGAAAGAGAACGACAUCUGUGUUAGGAUGCUGGCCGCGCCUAUCAAUCCCUCUGAUAUCAAUCGCAUUGAAGGGGUAUAUCCUGUGAGGCCGCAAUUGCCAGCUAUCGGAGGAUAUGAAGGUGUAGGGGAGGUAUACUCGGUUGGUUCUGCAGUGAAGGGUCUCUCACCUGGCGAUUUGGUCAUUCCAUCUCCGCCCUCCUCUGGGAUGUGGCAGACUUACGUUGUCCAAGAUCAGAGUGUUUGGUACAAGAUUGAUAAGGACUCACCGGUGGAAUAUGCUGCCACUGUUACCGUUAAUCCUUUGACUGCUUUAAGAAUGUUUGAAGACUAUGUUACUUUAAACUCGGGAGAUGCUAUUGUUCAAAAUGGAGCCACAAGCAUUGUGGGGCAGUGUGUAAUUCAGAUUGCACGAGACCGUGGUGUCCAUACUAUCAACAUCUUAAGAGAUAGGCCUGGGUCAGAUGAAGCAAAAGAAAAACUUAAGAAACUUGGUGCAGAUGAAGUUUUUACCGAGAGCCAAUUGGAAGUGAAAAAUGUCAAGGGCCUUCUGACCAGUAUACCUGAACCUGCAUUGGGAUUUAACUGUGUUGGAGGAAAUGCUGCUUCUUUGGUUCUCAAAUUUUUGAGACAUGGAGGAACCAUGGUCACAUAUGGUGGCAUGUCUAAGAAGCCAAUUACUGUAUCCACUUCAUCUUUCAUUUUUAAGGACCUUUCUUUAAGGGGAUUCUGGUUACAGAAAUGGUUGGGAGCGGAUAAUGCUAAAGAAUGUAGAAGAAUGAUAGAUUACCUCUUGGAUCUAGCACGAGAAGAGAAGUUAAAAUAUGAAAUGGAGCUGGUUCCGUUUGACAAUUUCAGCACUGCCCUUGACAAGGCUCUUGGUAAACUGGGGAGCCAACCAAAACAAGUCAUAAAAUUCUGAAUUAGCCUAACUAGAGUAAGAAUUUUCUUAGGGAAUGCAUCUAGAUUUUUUCUUAAUCAUUACAUUGUAUUUAAAAGAGUUGUGAUAUGUUAGAUUAGGAACUUCAGUGAUCGAAAGGAUUGCUAAGUUAUAUAAACUAUUUAAAACAUAUGGAGUUCAAAAAGCUGGUUUGUCACACGUGAUCUAAAAUAAGCAGGCAAGCUUGUAAAAAUUUCUUUUAAUAAAAUAGUCAUGAGUCAUGACUAACAUCCCCACUGAA